AUGUUACAUUUUUAUAGAUCAUUUUGUUCUAAUACUAUAAAAGUUGGUGAUCGUGUAAUUAUUACAAAGAAAAUUUGUAAAAGUGACAUUUAUGAAUUUGCACAAUUAACUGGUGAUAUUAAUCCUGUACAUUUAAGUCGACAUCCAUUAGUACAUGGUGUCUAUUUAGCAGGUUUGGUAUCAGGUGUUAUUGGUACAAAGCUUCCUGGUUAUGGCUCAUUACUUGUAUCCAAGUACCUACGAUUUCCAAAUGCUUGUUAUGCCGAAGAUGAGGUUAAAAUUGAAGUAGAAAUUAAAAAAAUUAGAAAAAUCAUAACAUGUGAAUUUUGUUGUUCGGUUGAUGAUAGGAUAGUUAUGGAAGGAAAAGCUGACAUUAUAUUUAAAAAUAUUUAG